AUGUCUACCAACACGCAGCCUAACACUCCCGCACAAUGGCAGAAAUUCAGCCAGAUGAAGCAGGUGGACGACAUCCCAAACCAUGAGUCCAAGGAUGAAGACAACGCAAUGGGACCAACCUACCGUUCUAUCUUUCUGGAUGGAACACCAAUCCUGCAGCAGCUCCCAGGCUAUUGUGAGAUUUACACCGAUAUCCUCGCAUUGACCGAGCCCGAGAUCCAAAUGUCGGCAGACGAAUUGACCGACCUCGAAGUCAAUGCCCGAGUUAUUACUGCCGACCAGCCCGUCCAUCUCAAUAUGUCCAAGAGUGGAGCCAAAAAGUGUGUCAUGGUGAUUUAUGCCGCCGUUCUCGAUCAGCCUAUCAGUGUUUCUAUCGAGGGAGAUCAGCGCACUGAGCUGGAACUUGGAGUUGAUUUCGGCCACUUGCAAGCUGAGAUCAAGUUCGACGAUGGCAAGCUGGAGGUCUAUUACAGCGACCGACACGGGGACGACCAGACCUCGGUCUACCAAGCCUUUCUGGACACUGAGCUGCGAGUCGCCCUUUCGGUUUGCUGGUCAUACCCCGCCGUCGCCAUCUUGAUCUGCUCGUUUGUGGCCAAGUCGGCGGCCACAGCGGGCUCGCAUGCUCUGUCCAAGGCACAAGCCGUUUCCUUGGGUCAGCAAUUGGCUGCCCAUGCCAUGACAGGUCCCGACUCCUACUAUGCUCCGACCCUCACCUUUGACGAGUAUGUCGUCACACUUGAUUCCCAGCGACAGGCAGCCGAGAAUUUUCAGGAGCAGUACGAGGCCUUUCAGGCUGCCAAAAACCAGGUCGAUGACGCCAAGGCGGCAGGGGAAACCCUCCUCGCAACCGUUCAGAACGAACAGUCAACCAGGGUCAAUCUACAGUCACAGGCCUUGGCUAAGUAUCAGGCUGCAGCAGAUACCGUCGAGGCCUGCGACAAACUGCUUAGUGAUGAUGAAGAAGAGCUGAGACAUGCAAAAGACAGGUUCGAAAACGGUCUCGAUGAAUGGAUAAAGAGGGAGACCUUCCUGGCAAUUUGCACAAUCCUUGGUGCCGUCUUUCAAUUUGCGGCCGGAAUCUACGCCGUAGGGAAGGGGUCGGGCGACCCAGCCGCUGUCGAAAAAAUCGUCGAAGACGUUGAGAAGGCAGAAAAAGCGGCAGGGGCUGCGGAAGAUGUCAUCCUCGGCUCCAAAGCCUUCAAGGGUUUGUGGGAAUAUACCAAAGCAUUGGGAAAGCUGUAUCCCCAGAUUGCCAAUGUUGUCACUGCUGUGGGCAAGAUUGACCGUCUUGGAGAUCAUGAUGAUAUUGAUCUGCCCACUUUGGGCGGCGAUGUCUCCGGCUCUGAUGGGACUGAUGCAGACGCCAGCUUAAUCAUGAGUCUGGCCGCUUGGGAUGAGUGGGAGUUAGACUCGGACCAACAAAUGGAAUGGGCCACAUCACAACAGAAUCCCGCGAUUGACGGAGCCAGUGACUAUCGCUUGACCCUGCGCAAACAUGCGGUUCACGGCCGAGCAUUGGCCCAGGCCCAGGCAGAGGCUGUCAAGCAAGGUCAGGAAUAUGUCCAGGCCACUCUCAUGGUGCUAGAAGCCAACCGCGACAUCGAGGCCAUCGACGAACUGCUAGCCCACUACGAGGAAGAGAAAGAUGCAUACGCACAGGCCGAAGCGAAAUUCUAUGAUCGAUACCUCCAAUUGCGGACAACGCUCGUCAUUCAGUUGCAGUAUGUGGUCGAUGCCUGUCGAUUCUACACUCUGAGAGAACCCGAAAUUAUCCUGGACUCACAGAUGUCUGUGGACGAUAUAACCGCCUGCAUUGCAGAGCUGCGGGGUGCGAUGCAAGAUGUAGAUGCUCAAUAUGCAAAUGGAUACACGCUUACCACUCCUACCACAUUUUCUGAUGAGUUAGCAUCCAAUUUUCCCGAGACGGUUAUCACAGGCCUGAAGAGCAGUGAGCAAGGGUAUAGUGCCACGUUCACGCUAUUGCCCAUUCCAGGCGCCAACUACAACCCCGGCCCGGAGAACUACGCAUACCCCUUCACAGGUGGAUUUCACUACCGUCUUAAUGGCCUGGAGCCUCGCCUGAUCGGUGUGAAACCCACGCCCGACGCGGUGCACGAUGGCCGCGCGUUUGUAAGGUUCAGGAUCGAAACCUCCGGGUCCUAUUCAGAUCUCGGGUACGACCUAGAUACGGGGGGAACCAAGGUCUGGCAUUUUGUCAGCAAGCUCCGACAAAACCGCUAUGUCUACGAGAUUGACGAGUCGGGCGCUUGGCUCCGCGACGUGGAGAGAGCCACGUACGAUGACCACGAGCACGCCCAACCUCCGCCAUUUACUCUCUGGAAGCUCACUAUCGAAAACCCCGAAGACCUUGAUUUGAGUACUCUGGAAAAACUUGAGCUACACUGGGACGCGUUCUACCGGCCGGUCUUCUCAUUAUGA